AUGUAAGAUGAUUAUGAGGAUGGAGAAGGUAACUUCUAGGAUGAUUAGAACGACGAAGAAUAUGAUCAAUUUAAUUAAAUCGAUUAGAUGGAUCAGAAUUAGUUUGAUAGUUCUUCGAGAGACAAAAAUCAGUAGGACAAGAAUUAUGGAAAUUAUGCUGCUGAUCAAUAGAAACAAAUCGAAGAUAAAAUUUCAGAGGAUCUAGAAGAAAAACUCAAAAUGCUUGAUGAGUAUUCCAAAGACAAAAGUGAAGAACAAAUUUUGAAUAUAAGAAUGCAUUAAUUGGCAUUAGCAAAGAUACUUGUAUUCACUCAUGGUAAAGGACAAUUCAAAUUAGUUAAAGCACAUACCAACAUAGGUGAAGCAUAUCUUAAUUAUAAGUGUUAUGAAUAAGCUAUUGAUCAUCUAACAUUGGCAUUAAAAAAGAAUGCCAAAUUAUUUAAUGAAGAAUAAGAAAGUAAGAGUUAUAAUGCAAUCAUUCUCACCUUACUUGGAAAAUGUUAUUUAGAAAUCAAUAGUUAUGAAGAAUCUCUAGACUUAUUAAAAAAAGCUUAUGAAACUCAAUGUCAAAUCUAUGGAGAUGAAACUGAACACUCAAUCCAAACCUUAACUUUGAUGUCUAAUUGUCACACAAAAAUGAAAGACUUCGAUGCAAGUGAAGAUUGUAUUACCAAAGUCUUUGCUAUCACUGAAGCCAAAUAUGGAUACAAAUCAGAACAAAGUGCAAUAUCAUAUAUUGAAAAGUCAAAAAUCUAUGCAUGCUAAGAAAAUUGGAAAGAUGCCAUUCAAUGUUUGUCAAGUGCUAUUGACAUGCUCAUAGAAAUUAACUAUCAGAAGACUGAAUAUGUUGCUGAAUUAUACCAAUAAUUAUCCACUUAUUACGAAAAGAUCGAACAAAUAGAUGAAUAAAUUGCUUGUCUAUCAAAGGUGAAAUAAAUAUACAUCGAAUUGUACACUACGCAAGAUAAAAAGGUUAUCAAAAUCAAACGACAAAUAGCAAUAAUUUAGUUAAAAUAAGAAAAACAUCAGGAUGCCUUGGCUGAACUCAAAGAAACUGAAGAUUUAGAAGUCAAAGUUUAUGGUGAAGGAAGUGUGUAAGUUGCUAAAACCCAAAAAAUUAUUGGAAGCAUCCUAUUAUUACUUCAAGAAUUUAGAGAUGCCCUGAAUUACUUCUAGAAAAGCUUAAAGACAUUUGAGGAGAAUGGUAUGAAGAAAGCAGUGGCUGAAGUUAAGCAAAAGAUCAAACGUGCUAAGGAAAUGAAGGAGAAAGGCAAAACACAGUUUAAUCUUAAAGACAGAUAGAAUAUUAUGCAAGAAUAUUGAUAAAAUAUAAUUAUUAUAACACAUUUCUAUCCAAUUCUAUAAUA